UGAAGCAAAUUGUUCUACCAAUUUUUUACGAUGUAGAUCCAUCGGAAGUACGGCAUCAGAAAGGAAUUUUUGGAGAAUCCUUUGAUAAACUUUAAGCUCAAGGAUAACGUAAAGAUGCUGAAAUGGAAGGAAGCUUUGAAAAGAGUAGCUGAUUUGUCUGGUUUGCCAUUAGCAAACUUCCGGGAUGAGUCGGCAUUUAUCCAAAAUAUCAUACGGUGGCUGGACUCAAAAAUAGUAAAUCAAACACCUUUAAGUGUUGCUAGACAUCCAGUUGGGAUAGAGUCUCGUAUACGAGACAUUUAUGAUCAACAUUUAAAUAUCGAAAUGAAUGAUAUUAUACGCGUGGUAGGGAUAUUCGGAACCGGUGGAAGUGGUAAGACAACUAUUUCAAAUGAUAUCUACAACCGGAUUUCUUCUCAAUUUGAAAGAAGUUGUUUCUUGAAAGACGUUAGAGAAACUUCAAAACAGACAGGAGGUCUAAUUAAGCUGCAAAAUAGACUUCUUUUUGAUAUUUUAGGAACAUGUUUGGAUAUUCAUGAUGUUGACAGAGGCAUCAAUGUGAUAAGGCAUAGACUUUCCUCUAAAAGAGUUCUACUAAUUCUUGAUGAUGUGGAUGAGUUGGUCCAAAUAGAAAAGUUGGCUGGCGAUCGUGAUUGGUUUGGCUCAGGAAGUAGAAUUCUCAUCACAACAAGAGAUCAACACUUAUUAGAAGUCUUUGAAGUUGAUUCAAAAUACAAGGUGAAGAUUUUGGAUGAGAAUGAAGCUCUUCGACUGUUUAGCUUGCAUGCUUUCAAGAAAGAACCACUUGAAGGUUAUGUGGAGCUCUCUAAACAGGUAACAAAAUAUGCUCAAGGUCUUCCACUAGCUUUAAAAGUGCUAGGUUCAGAUCUAAAUAGAAACUUGAAGAAAUAAUAGAGCUUCCACCAAAUAUAUGGAUCGUAGAUGUUAGAGAAUGCAAGUCAUUAGAGAGAUUUUCGGAAGUAUCAAAAAUAUUGGAAUUCAAUGGAAGUCACAUCAGAUCGCUUGGAAGAAUUAACUUGUCCGGUUGCAACAAAAUGCAUGAGAAUAUAUGGAAUGAUAAAGUGCAAAAUCCAUUAUUGUGGAAGGAGUCUAUGAAUAUGAUGCUACUUUGUUUCCAGAAAAUCAGAUUCCAGAGUGGUUCAGUUAUGUUCAUGAGUUUUUAAAAGAUAAUGAUGAUGGCAGACGGAGGAAAAAAGAAGAAGAGUGGGUAAUAGAUAUUGAGGGGCCACACUAUUUGGAGGAGAUAAGCGGAAUUGUAUUAUAUCUCGUAAAGUUUGUUAAAGAUGCUGAAAGAUGGAGGAGAGAUAUUGGUUGUAAUGCUGAGAUAACCACUAACGGCUCAAAUCAUGUAUGUACGCAAGAAGGGG